AAAUAUCACAAUGACUUAAAGUUAGUGUUCGGGGAGAAGACGCGUUCCAGCCAAACAGCAGGGAGGAAGUCGGUACCUUCCCUCACGAACGUGGGUUCCACAAACACGCUUCCGGCGGUGUGACGUCACGGAGAAGCGCCACGCCUCCUCCGGACCGAAACUGUUUUUAAAUACGCACCCUGUCAUCGCGUUAGUCAUCUGCGCGUCACCAUCCAGGACUGAAUUGCUUCCACACGUACAACCGUGUUUUACAACAGUAACACUCGUUGGACAUGGGUUUCCUCCUGACCAAGAUGCUCGCUGUGUUCGGCGACAGAGAACACAAGGUCAUUAUUGUGGGUUUGGACAACGCCGGGAAGACGACCGUUCUCUACCAGUUCCUGACGAAAGAGGCUGUCCACACCACACCGACCAUUGGAAGUAAUGUGGAGGAGAUCACCGUACGGAACACCAACUUCCUAGUCUGGGAUAUUGGAGGACAGGAGAGUCUCCGUGCCAGUUGGUUCUCCUACUACUGCAACACAGAGAUCGUCAUUCUGGUGGUGGACAGCACCGAUCGUGAGCGUCUCUCUCUGAAUAAAGAAGAGCUGCUGAAAAUGCUCGCACAUGAGGAUCUUCAGAGUGCUGCUGUUCUGGUUCUGGCAAACAAACAAGACGUCAAAGGCUCCAUGUCUGUGUCUGAGAUCUCCCGCUGCCUCACUCUCAACUCCAUCACGUCACACCCGUGGCAUGUCCAGCCCUGCUGCGCUCUGACCGGGGAAGGCCUCCCUGCCAGCCUGGACUGGAUGAAGUCACGCGUUCUUGCGAACUGAUCAUCGGUCCGCACCGUCUCAAACUCAGGAUUACACAAAGUAUUUAAAACUCUUUCGGAGGCCCCCAGUGUGAGUGAGUGAGUGCGUGUGUGUGACUCUACCGGGGAAAAAAAAGACACCACCUUUGAAGCUGAAAGACUUGGGACCCACCAGGAAUAACACCAGGUUUAAGGAAAUACCUUGCUGCCUCUGCUGAUUAUUUAUUACCGCUGCACUUUGUGUCGCCACAUCGAGUAUUUAAGCAAAGAGACGGGUCUCGCCACCUUCCUGAGUUUCAGGUUCUUCCCACUCAGUGACUCAGAAUUAACAUGCUGUUCUCUCAAUUAUUUAAAAUGGUUGUUGAACAUAUUGAUGAUUUACAUGGUGUGAGACACUAGAAACAGAAGGACUUCAUGUCUCAAGUGAGUGAAUAGACGUAUCUGACCUCACAAAGUUUGCAGCUCACAUUCUUACUGUCCGAGUGAAAGUCUUCUGUUUUAAUCGUUGAGCUACUGAUGUAGGUUCAAUUCGUAUUGUAAAUAUGUGUUCAUAAUUAAUUUAUAUAUUGAUUCCAUACAUUUUUAUGUGGAUAUUUUUUCAAAUACAAUUGCUAUGUUUCUGACCUGUGUGUUGUCUC